GCAAGUUGUGCAAGUUUAGACUGGAUACUUACAGCACAAAAAUUUUUCACCUCUGUUGUGGUAAGAUGAGGCUUAUUAAAUACAUUUGAAGAAUUCAAAUAACAUCUUUCAAAAUGAGAAUAUUUGUUGCUUUUGAAGGACUCUGUGAGUCUUUUGAUAUUUCACCAGAGAAUACUGUGCAAGAUGUAAAACUGAUGAUAAAGGAUUAUUUUCAUGUUCCACUUUCUGAAGACAAAAAGGGCAGGAGAUACUUGGAGCUGAUAUAUGCAGGAGCAGUACUAAAGGACAACUGGGUACUUGCUGAUGUAGGCAUUACAGUUUCUUCCUCAAUUAAAUGUGUCAUCAAGGAAGAAGACAAGCCAAUUUUCUAUGUAUACAAUGCGGUCACUCAUGAAAAAGUGCCCAUAAGGGGAAGGAUUUAUCUUCUUUCAUCAAAGGUCUCGGAGCUGAAAACUUUAGUGACCUUGAAAUGUGGUUUUCCAAGUAGCAUUUAUUGUCUCAGGACUCCAGAGGGCAGGGAGAUGUUUGACUGCAAUACUCUGAACAAUUAUCAGUUAGAUAUAGGCACAACUCUUCAUUUGGAUGUUUGGAAUGGAUGGAGAGAAUUCUUGACCAGCUGUAUCCUAGGAAGCAAACCCAAGAUCCAGUACUAUCUGUCAAAGGAAGAACCAAUACUCAGAUAUCAAAAGAAAGUAGCUCUUUACAUGGCAGCCUUUUUCGGACACCUUCAGGUUUCAACUUGGCUCCUGAAAAAGGGAGUGAAGCCCACUGAAACAAUAGGUGUACAUCCUUAUCGUGAAUGGUGCCAGGAAGACGAUCAUUCCAACAACAUGAAAAGUCCCGUUCAUGCAGCUGCAGAAGCAGGCCAACUUAUGAUACUGAAAGCAUUUGUUAAUUACAGUGCCUUAUCCCUUGAAUGUCAAAAUUCUGCAGGGCAGACUCCAUUGCAGCUAUGUAUCCAGCACAGACAUAAAGAUUGUGUAAUGUAUUUAGUCACCAAGUUAUGGUCAGUGGUUUCUUACCCUACAUUCUCUCUGCCCAUGAAAAUCUAUAUUAAGUUAAAGUUGUGGCUUCUUAAAUCUCAAAAUAAUAUCUAUUCAACCAAGAAGUGUAACCCUGCUGCAGUCUUCAGAACACGAGUUGGGGAUGUUGUCUUUGUGGAUGGUUUCACAAAACCAGAAAUGACCUCCAGAGGUUUUUGCUCAGCCAUGAUCAAACAUGCAAGCAGCAGAGGUUGCACACUCCCAGAUUUAAAUAAUCGCUUUCAACAUGAGCAAUCUUGGUACCAUGUGACCAUAUCUGAUAGGUACCUCAAGGAGAAAAAUGUUAGAUUUCCUCCAGUGGCACACUGCCAAAAAAGGAAGUCUAGGAAGAAGAACACACGGCUUAGUGAAGAAUAUAUGGACCAAAAUAUGUGUUUAGCAAGAGUUCCUCUACCUUCUAAUUCUGUCCUCAAGCCAGCUUAUUAUUAUUCCAUACCUAAUGUAGAGUUUCUGCUAAAUCCUUCUCUGGACUCAUUUUCAAAAUACUGUGGAAGAACUCCAAGAGAGAAUGCAAUUUACUGCUUAGCUAUAGCCAGUGAAUUUAAAGAGAAGCCUUGGCUGCAACAAUUGGACAUUGCAAGAACCCUAGCUAGAAAAAGUGUAUGUAACCCUACAUACUAAGAAGACUCAGAUGAAAUAUAUAUAAUAGACUAACCAAAAAGGUUUACAGAAACAAUGCAUCUUGCAUUGUUGCUAUCUUAAUACAUAUACUGAGAAUACUGGAAUAUUCCCUUUUCCACUCCUUCCAAUGCCAUUGAAGUGCCAUUCACAUUUC